UUGCUUUGGCACCGAGAAAAGGACGCGAUUUUACUAGUGCAAGUGCGUUAAUCAUAAACCAGUUCCAGAAAAUGUCCGAUACUGCCGCUCGUUUGCAAAACCACAACCAAGAAAUGGUAAAAUGUCUCAGUUCACUUCGCAACACACGCAUGGCCCUGGAGAAACGCCUCGCAGUACAGGAACAACAGAGGGAAGGCAUUCGUAAGGAGAUCGAAAACCUACAACGAUCAUUGGCAAAACUGGAGGCCGCCAUAGCGGACGAUACGAAAAAACUCAACGACUGUGUGAAAUGCAUCUCGGAAACGGAAAGUGGCUACAACAAAGUGGUUGACACAUUACAACUGUUGCUUAUGUCUGCCAAAGAAAAGAGUGGCGUACCCAACGAAUGAGGUCCAAAUUUAUGCUUAAUGUACUGUACAGAAAAUGAAACAUAAUUUUAUAUCAGUGAAAGUUAUGAGUUCAGUUUUAUUUACCCAGUUGAUGCUAUCACAAUUCGGUAUAGGAAAGAUAAAUACGAGCAAAAACACUGCCUCGAAUAAAAACGCAAUCAAC